AUGGGGUCCGCCUGCACCAAGGGCGUCAAGUCCACGGCGACCGUGUCGCCCGCUCCCGAGCCUGCCAGGGAUCCACCCGUGCGCUCCUUGAAGCGGCUGGACACUCCCGGGCCGGGCUACAGGUCCAAGCGGCGGGGCUCGGUAUCUGCCGAGCCGUCGGGCGGCCGCGCCAGCCUGCCGCCCACCAGACAGUCCAUCGCCAAGCUGGCGCACUCCACGCUAAAGAUCCAGGAGCUGGUGCGCAGCACCCUGCUGUUCAAAGAGCUGGACGAGGAGCAGGAGGCCUGCAUCAUCGACGCCAUGUUUGAGCGGCGGGUGGCGGCGGGGGAGGUGGUCAUACGGGAGGGCGAGGAAGCCGACAACUUCUACGUCAUCGAGAGCGGCACGUUUGCGGCCUCCAAGGCGGGCGCCGACGGCGGGCCUCCCGAGUGGGUGACCACGUACGAGGGAAAGGGCGCCUUUGGCGAGCUGGCGCUCAUGUACAACUGCCCCCGCGCCGCCACCGUCACAGGUGGGUGGGAGCCGCCGGGCGAGGAGGAGGCGGUGGCUGAGGGGGCCGCCCGCCGCCGCGGCAGCCGCGACGGCGGUGACGCCGCGGCCGUGCCCGAGCCCGCCGCCGAGGCUGCAGCCGCUGAGCCUGAGAAGCCGCCAGCCAGCCGCACGCCAGAGCCGGCGCCGGCGCCCGGCAGCCCCUCCCACUCCGGCGCCGCGGCGCUGCUGCCCGGCAGCCCGCGCCCGCCGCUGCGCCUGUCGGACAACAGCUUCAGCCGGCGGCGCAGCGGGCGCAGCGCGGGCGCGCGCAGCGCCGCCAGCAGCUCCGACGGAGAGGCCGCCAGCGCGGGCGGCUCCCCGACCGCGCUGAGCCCCCUGGCGCCGGCGCAGCAGCCCGGGGGCGACGGCUGCGGCGCUGGCAAGCCCGCGUCGCCGGCGGUGGGGGACGCGGGGGCGGGCCAAGAGUCGGGCGAGGAAUCGCCGGCCAUGACCGUGCUGCCGCCGAUCGCUGAGGAGCCGGUAGAGGGUGGCGGCCUGUCGCGUACCACAUCCAAGGGCCGCCCCAGGGGCUCCUCAGCGGCCUCUGCCGCCAGCAGCGCCGGAAAGGCCGCACCACCCAAGAAGGCGGCACCCGCGGCACCCGCCGGCAAGGCGAAGAAAGGGGGUCCCGCUGCGGGUCCCCGCACCGGCGGCAAGUAG